CACAUCCCGCCCCUAAGGAAUCAAAACUGCAAAUCGCGUAACGACCUUCCGAAAUAAUACUUCUUUAAGCUUCAAAGAUCGAAUCUUCGCUUCAAGUGCUUCCUUUUCUGAAUCACUCCCUGUUGAUUUCUCGUCUUAGCUUUUCAAUGCUUCUGUUGAAUUGAAUUGCACUUGCUGAAAAAAUCGAUACCUGCAUUGAAUUUGAUGGCAGUUGGAGUCCCCCAAAAAUGGGGGAUGUUUGGAUUCUGGUGCUGUGUUUUAUCCAUCGCAGUUUGUGCGAGGGUUUGUGCUCCCGCCAGAUCGGAGAAGGAAGUACGAGAAAGGUUCUACGGGAGUAUGCCAAACUCAUCUUCAUCGGAUCCUGGUGAUGGCAGCUUGGCUAAAAUGUUCGAUCGUGUCCUUGAGAAAGAAUUUUCCGAGAAUGACCAGCCUGAAGGAGCUGAUAAGAGUAGCUUCAACACUACUGUAGCUGAUCAACAGGCUGUACUGGAGACUGUAGCAAAGAUUACUCACGAUAAAGGCAAGAGAAAUGAUACUCAGGAGGGAAAUGCUACCAGAUCAUUUCAAUUUCAAGACGUGUUCCUGGAGAAUGAAGAUUCUGAUGAUGCAACAACCUUGAUUGACAGAAAGGACAAUGUUUUUGUGAUGUCAAACAAGAAAUCCAAAUACCCAGUACUUCAGUUGGAUUUAAGGCUAAUAUCAGAUUUGGUGGUUGCGAUAGUUUCUGCAGCCAUUGGUGGAAUUCUCUUUUCCUGUUUGGGCCAACCGGUUAUUGUGGGCUAUCUCCUUGCUGGCUCCCUUAUUGGGCCUGGGGGAUUGAAUUUUAUUAGUGAAAUGGUACAGGUUGAAACUGUUGCUCAGUUUGGUGUUGUUUUUCUUUUGUUUGCUCUGGGGCUGGAGUUCUCUUUGUCAAAGUUAAAAGCUGUUGGGCCUGUUGCUGUUUUGGGUGGACUGCUUCAAAUUGUGACAUUUAUGUUCUUGUGCGGCAUUCUUACCAUGUUCUUUGGAGCCAAGUUGUCAGAAGGUGUAUUUGUUGGUUCCUUUCUGUCCAUGUCAUCAACAGCGGUGGUAGUGAAAUUUUUGGUGGAGCGGAACAUAAAUAAUUCUCUUCAUGGUCAAGUAACAAUUGGAACUCUUAUUUUUCAGGAUUGUGCUGUGGGUUUACUCUUUGCUUUGCUCCCAGUUUUGGGUGGCACCAGUGGCCUUUUACAAGGAAUAAUUUCAAUGGGAAAGUUGUUGCUUGUAUUGUCCAUGUAUCUCACAGCGAUAUCAUUAUUGUGUUGGUCGUUUGUUCCCUUCUUUCUAAAACUGAUGAUGCAGCUGUCAUCUCAGACAAAUGAACUUUACCAGCUAGCUGCCGUGGCAUUCUGCUUACUAUCAGCAUGGUGCAGUGACAAGCUUGGCCUUAGCCUUGAGCUGGGUUCAUUUGUUGCUGGUGUUAUGAUUUCUACAACAGACUUUGCACAGCAUACUUUGGACCAGGUGGAACCAAUCCGUAACCUGUUUGCAGCUCUCUUCCUCUCAAGCAUUGGAAUGCUUAUACAUGUACAUUUCCUAUGGAUCCAUGUAGAUAUCUUGCUGGCAUCUGUUAUCCUUGUUAUAGUUGUUAAGACUGCUGUUGCUGCUGUUGUUACUAAAGCCUUUGGUUAUAGUGUUCGGACAUCGUUUCUGGUCGGGAUUUCACUUGCUCAGAUUGGAGAGUUUGCUUUUGUUCUUCUUGGCCGAGCUUCCAAUCUUCAUCUUGUUGAGGGGAAAAUGUAUCUCCUCCUCCUUGGGACGACAGCUCUUAGUCUGGUUACAACCCCUCUAUUGUUCAAAUUGAUACCUGCUGUCAUGAAUCUAGGUGUGCUUAUGCAUUGGUUCCCCCCUGAGAGUAAUGGACGAACCAGUGCACAGAAUGAGGAGAAAGCUACCAUGAUUGAAGUGAAAGGAACGUUGUGACUCACCAAAGUUCCUAUUGAAUUCAGGGUUUCUUCUACACUGUUUCAACUGCAAGUUCUAUGGCUGACAUUUCAGAUGAAAAAAGUCUGCAUAUUCCACUGCUAAUGAUACACUCACUGGAAAGUCUGGUGUGAAUAGGCAUAGAAUUUUUUAUUGUAUUCUUUGGAUAAUGUAUAUAAGAAAAGAAAUUAUAGGCCCUACCUCGUCGCUUAUGCUGUUCAUUUCAUUUAGUUAACUAUUUUCUUCUACAUAGUGGCUUCAUAUUGCAUGGUUGAGUGGGUCUUGGAAAAUUCAAUCUGGAUGUGUUCUGAAAUUUAGUCCAUUUUUAACAUCAAGUCUCUUCUUUUUAAAUUUUAUUCGACAGUUUUUCAUCUAGUUUGUA